AUGUGGCUUCUCGCAAAGGCGGAAAAGGCGGACUCUGCUGAAGUGAAAGCCAUGAAAGCCAAGAAAGAAAAAAGCCCGAUGCGCCAGAUGAGCCAGAUGAGCCAGCUGAGCCAGAUGAGCCAGCUGAGCCAGUAUUCUGCCUCCAGAACCAAGGGAGCUGCCGAGAGUGCAACGCCAUAUGACGCCAGUAAAAGAGCUGAGGCGGUGGAGGCCAUACAUGGAAUCACAGAGCGCCUUCAUGGUGAGUUCACGGUAAAGGGCCUCACAGACAAGAAGAAAUUUGUCUUCCUGCCAGCUGAGGAUGUGGGAGACAGGCGAAGCAUACACCAGCUACGGAAGUUCUGGGGGUUAGACAAGCCGGGCUUGGUAAUACAGAGUAAUGACAAUGUGAACUUGCCCAGCACCCUUGUUUACCAAGAGAUGCUUGACGAUCUGCCAGAUUUUCAGGAUUUGGCAGAUGUGACGCAACAAAAGGGCGACGAGCAUUUGGCAACAGUGAAUCACUACCUUCAAAGCCGUCUUCUCCAGACUUUUAGCAGCAUUGUGGCGGCCGUUGACGCGACGGACAGCUGGAUUCUUGCUAAAGGCUUCAGCUUUACGAACCAUCGCUUGAUCCAAGAUGCUGCGAAUGCCAACAGUGCUUCCCCAAUCAUCUUUGUUGUUGACAACCCUUCUGCCUAUGUUGACUCCUGGAACCCGUCUUGGGAGCUGGCAAGUGGGGCCCUGAAAAAGCUUCGUGCUGGCGCAAAGUCCUGGAAAGUUCCUUCCGGGGAGAUCAUUGAGAUUGACUUCCCUGAGGAGAAGCGCUUUCGGGACCAGGGUGCUCUGAAGGAAUUUUCAAAUUGGAUAUUCACAGGUGGCAGCCACUUCGUGUUCUGUGAAAACCCUUAUGAGUUCAACGAGGAGUGUCUCGGCCCGUCAGGAUGGAUCAUGCUGGGUGGCUUUUUCCAAGAUACCGCCGAGUGCCUGAAAAAGGCGAUGCAGAAAUUUCAGCCCUGCAUACUCGUGAACAACACGGGCGGUGAGACACAGGAAUACGCGCGCCUCAUUGAGAGGCUAAGGGAGAUUACUGCCACAAAAGGUACUUGCCACGCUGAACUCCACGAACAAGCUCAGGAUCUCUUGACACAUGCUUUGCUCGGACAGCAUACCCGUGAGGAGCAUCGCAUCAGAGACUGGGGCGCUAGACACUUGACUCUGGCCCAGGUGCUUGAGACGAUAGACCUGCACUGUGAGAUUCCGUGGCUUUUCCAAGAUCGUAUCGUUCCGGUGAACCCACUCAAGGAGUCGCCAUCAGAGGUUCUCAACACUCUGUCACAGUGCUUUGCGAGCGUUUACAUGAAGACUCAUGAGAUUGGGGCAGGACGUGCAGACCGCCAGGCUGUCCUGCAUGCUUGGCAUGUGCACAAGUUGCUGACGGACAACGCCGCUUUCCAGCGCAGCACCGGGGACACGAUCGCGCUGAUGGCCACCUUCCUGGCAUUCGUGGCCACAACGUUGGCGAUAGUCAGUGAGCAGCUGGAUGACGAGAUGCCCGGUUUCCGGGAUAGCUCAUGGAGCUAUUACGUUGGCAAGGCAGUUAUAGUGUUGCCUGCGUUAUCCACCUUGAUGUCCGGAAUUCUGGCUUUCGGCGGCUGGCUCGAAAAAUGGUCUGCGCUGCACAUGGCGUCAGCACGCAUCGCAGAGCACAUAUAUUUGUUUCGCAUGCGAAUGGGUCCUUACAGCCACCAGAUCUCUGACAGCCAAGGACCCGAUACUGAAUAUUCACCCGAUCUAGAACUAGAAAACAACUUGUCGGUGCGCCUGAGCCUUUGCCGCCACAAAUUUUCCAGAACGGUGCAAGUAAUACUGGAAAAUGUGACCAAACAGGAAAUGAAGACCGAUGCGCUUCACUUUGAGGAGAACACGCUGGAGUUAGACAGUUAUGUUAAUGCUCGGCUCUAUGGUGGCCUGCGGUCAGCCCGCGUAUAUGGUGGCCUGCGGUCAGCCCGCGCACUUGCCUCUGUAGCUGGUGUUGAGGGCCGGCCUUUGCUUAGUGAGGAUGGGGCCGAAGAUGACGACAAUCUUUCAACCCUUUCUAACAUGGCCUACUUCCAGCACCGUGUGCACCCGUUGCUCCAGCUCAGCGCUCGGACCGCGCCACGCCUGCGCCUAUGCUUCGCAGCAUUGUCAGUGUUGGUGCUUGCAUGUGGGGCCGUGGCCACCAUCUUAGCGUCACUCGGCCUGAAAACGUGGUUGCCCAUAGCAAUAUCAGCUUCUGUUGCCUGUGAAGCGCUGCAGACGCAUUUCGGUCUGAAGCAGUGGCUGCGAGGCACCACUGUUGCGGUGGGCAAGCUGAAGGCAUUGGAGACAAGGUGGAGCUCCAUGGGGCCCAUCAACCAACAGCUCAUGGGCGUGCGCUCCAUGUUGGCAACAGUGUGUGAGGAGACGGCGCUUCAGAUGGCGUCAGCUCGGGUAAGAGAUAGCGCAGACCUAAUGCCAAGUGAAGACACAAGUACCAGGAAGGGCUUUGAGGAACAAAGCCUCAAGUCCUUUCAAGUGCAGUAA